AUGUUCGUGCUCGGUGCUACGCCCGCUCUCGGAGCGAUCCGUCGCCCCGCCUGGGCCAUGCUGGCGGCCGUGCUCGUCUCCGGAGCGCAGGCCCUCUCCACGACGAACGUCGACACCUUUAGCGAGGCAGACACAAUCGCCACACUCAAAGUUCAGCUCGACCGACUCCAGCGCAGCCUCGACAGCACGUUGGCUGAAAACUUCAAGCUGGCUGCAGCGGCAUCCGAGCUGGCCGCAGUCAAGUCCGAGCUGGCUGCUGCGAACUCCGAGCUCCCAGCGCGCAAGGUGCCGCUCGCGCACACGCUCAAGGCGGCUGCGCUGCCAGCCCGGCGCGCCUUGUUCGCGAGCCUACCUGAGCCAGUCUGUCCGUGGCAACCGACUGUCUCCGUGAUCACGCACGCGUUGAACGAUACGGCGUCGUUUUGGGGCACGUGGAAGGCUGGUGCUGAGCUCGCGGCGCAAGGCAGCGCAGUGCUCGAGUGGCGCCCAGUCGGCUUCAACGGGCCACUCGCUGCCGAAACCAUUGCAGCGGCCUGCAAUUCUUCGGACGCCGUCGUUGUCACAAUUCCCCACGAUGAAGGCACAGCCGAGUACACGGCUAUCGAUGCGGCCAUCAAGGGCUGCACGCCACGCCUCCCGGUCGUCACGACCAACACAGACACAUACCACAACGAGGACGUGUACCUCUACGUCGGCUCGAACAACGCCGCCAUUGGCCAAACGUGCGGCCUCGCUGUCCUCGGUGAAGACGCGGACGUCAUUCUUGGCCGCAAGCUGCCGGAGGAGGUGAAUGCUGCAGGGCUUCACUUUGGCGUGUACUGGGGCAGAGUCGAGAAGUUGAACCAAGGCAUCAAAGAACGGCUGGAAGGUCUCAAUGCCACCUUGACCUAUUAUGGCGCCACCAUUCAAGUGUUUCAUCAGCCGGCGAACGGCUCCGAAUCGUACUCUUUUGAGAGGAUGAUCACGCUGAGCAGCAGCUGGCUAAACGAUUCGCGCACCUACGUCUCCAACAACUCUGACUUGUACAUCUGCGGGGAUGGGGAUUACAACAACCUCGACGUUGCGCAGUAUGGCCAGUCUCCGUUUCUGCAGGGCCAAGGCGCCGUCAACACGGCCAUGAAUGCCGCUAAAAGCGCAAAGUACAACAUCCCGUGGCUGGCGAUCAAGGGCAACCCCGGCAACGGGACAGGCAGCAAUCAAGAUUCCAAGGAAAUGAUGCCGGCAGCUCGGAUCGCUUCUGUAGGAUGCAAGAUUUGCGGUUUCAUACGCUGUGCAUUUGACUCGGCAUGUUGCUCCUAUCCAUGUUGA